CGUAUAACAACAAUGACUAUUUCUAGGAUUGUUUUGUUUAGUUUUGCUCUUUUAUUAUCUUUCUGCUUAUGUUCUGCUGUUCAAGUUUCUUACGAUGAAAGAGCUUUGACAAUCGAUGGAGAGAGAAGAAUUAUUCUCUCUGGUUCUAUUCAUUAUCCUCGUAGUACUCCUGAAAUGUGGCCUGACCUGGUCCAAAAAUCAAAAGAUGGUGGUCUCAAUGCUAUUGAGACUUACGUAUUUUGGAAUGUCCAUGAGCCAUUAUAUCGCCAGUAUAAUUUUGAAGGGAACCUAGACUUGGUGAGAUUUAUUAAAACAAUCCAAAGUCAAGGUCUUUAUGCCAUUCUUCGAAUUGGUCCAUAUGUUUGUGCAGAAUGGAAUUAUGGAGGAUUGCCAGUUUGGUUGCAUAACAUUCCGGACGUCAAGUUCAGGACGAAUAAUAAAGUGUUUGAGGAUGAGAUGAAAACUUUUGUAACCAUGAUAGUGGAAAUGAUGAAACAUGAGAAUCUCUUUGCUUCACAAGGAGGGCCUAUAAUUCUUGCUCAGAUUGAAAACGAGUAUGGGAAUAUUAUGUGGAAAUUUGGAAGCGAUGGAGUAGAUUACAUGGAUUGGUGUGCUCAAUUGGCUUUAUCUUAUGAUACUGGAGUGCCUUGGAUUAUGUGUCAGCAGGAUAAUGCACCAGCACCAAUGAUAAGUACAUGCAAUGGGUAUUACUGUGAUCAAUAUUAUCCUAAGAGAAAAGGCAUUCCGAAGAUGUGGACCGAGAACUGGACCGGCUGGUUUAAGAACUGGGGUUCGCAAGACCCACACAGAACUGCACGGGACGUUGCUUUUGCUGUUGCCAGGUUUUUCCAAUUCGGUGGCACUUUGCAAAACUAUUACAUGUAUCAUGGCGGGACCAACUUUGGUAGGACAUCAGGGGGUCCAUAUAUUACCACAUCAUACGAUUAUGAUGCACCUUUGGAUGAGUAUGGUAAUCUGAAUCAACCCAAGUGGGGUCAUCUUCAAAAACUCCAUUUUGUUCUUAGAUCAAUGGAAAAGGUCCUGACAAAUGGUUUUCAAAGAACUGUUGAUUAUGGAAAUAUGGUUUCGGUCACAACCUAUAAUUACGAAGGAAAAGAAGUUUGUUUCUUGGGAAAUGCAAACCAAUCAAGUGAUGCAACUAUUAACUUCCAAAACACCAUGUUCACUAUUCCUGCUUGGUCUGUGUCUAUCCUUCCCGAUUGCUAUAAUGAAGUCUAUAACACAGCAAAGGUUAACAGCCAACAAUCCAUUAUGAUCAAAUCUCCAAAUGAAGCCGAUGAUGGUGAAGAGCCUUAUCAGUUACAAUGGAAUUGGAGGUCUGAGCACUUUGCACAUAGGAAAAAAGAUGGCACUGUUGAUGGUAGCAGUUUGAUUGCUAAUGCUCUCUUGGAACAGAAAUCCGUAACAAAUGAUACCAGUGAUUAUUUGUGGUAUAUCACUAGUGUCAACAUCAGCCAAAAUGAUCCCAUAUUGACUACUGAACAAAUCACUAUCCAAGUAUCUACUAGUGGGCAUGUCCUUCAUGCAUUUAUUAAUGGAAAACACAUAGGCACUCAAUUUGCUCAAAAUGGACAGUACAGCUUCACCUUUGAAAGAAAACUUAAUCUUACCAUCGGGGUUAAUGAUAUUGUUCUACUCAGUGCUACCGUUGGACUGGCUAAUUAUGGACCCGAAUAUGAAGAUAUCCCUGUUGGAAUUACUGGUUCUGUCCAACUAGUUGGGACUAAAAGUAAUCAAAAGGUGAUCAUAGACUUGUCCAAGAAUCAAUGGAUAUACAAGGUUGGAUUGGCUGGUUAUGAAAAGCAACUCUAUGCACAAACCCCUAAAUCAGCUAGUUAUGUAUGGCAUGAUAUUGGUCUUCCAACAAGUAGAAUGUUUGUUUGGUAUAAGUCAACGUUCCCAGCUCCUCUGGGUACUGAUCCAGUUGUGGUUGAUUUAAUGGGAUUGGGAAAAGGAGAAGCUUGGGUAAAUGGUCAGAGCCUCGGGAGGUAUUGGCCAAAAUUCGAGGCCAACGAAGAUGGUUGCAGUUAUAGUUGUGAUUACCGUGGAGCAUACGGCAGUAAUAAAUGCCUGACUAAUUGUGGAAAGCCUACCCAAAGAUGGUACCAUAUUCCACGGUCUUUCCUCAAAGCUGAUAACAAUGAAAUAGUUCUUUUUGAAGAAUUUGGAGGCAAUCCAUGGAAUGUUCAAUUCCAAACUGUCACCAUUGGGACAGCUUGUGCAGAUGCAUACGAAGGAAACACAUUGGAGUUAUCCUGCCAAGGAGGAAGAGUUAUAUCUGACGUUAAGUUUGUCAGUUUUGGAUUACCUCAAGGUUCUUGUGGAUCUUUCAGUGUAGGCAGAUGCGAAUCUCCUAAAGCAUAUGCAUAUGUUAUGAAUAUUUGCUUGGGAAAAGUGCGAUGUUCCAUUCCUGUCAAUGAACUUACUCUAGGUCCUACUGGUUGCAAGGAAACCAACAGGCUUGCUAUUGAGGCUGUAUGUUAGGAGUAGUUUUUAUUUGGACUUGUUUAGGAGGAUUAUAUAGGUUUUCUUUUUGAGUUUUAUUUAAGGUUCUCCUUUUAGUUAGUAUAAGGUGAUCUCUUUGCAAGAGAAACCAUGACACGAAGUCCUUUCUAGUUUUAUUUGAAGGUGAGGAUAAGGUAUUCUCUUGUGGAGAAACCAUGUUAUGAACCAAGGUGUAAAAAUUUUACAAUUGAUUAAGAAAAUCUCUUUCUUCUUCGUGUCAAA